AUGGGUUUUGGUGAUCUUAAUCGGUCGGAAGGUUUGGAAUGUCUCAAUGGAUUUCUGCUUACCAGGAGUUACAUUGAAGGGUUUCAGCCGUCAAAAGCAGACGCCGUCGUUUUCGAUGCACUUGCGGAAGCUCCUGAUGCUAAGUAUGUAAAUGCUCUUCGUUGGUACAACCACGUUAAGUCCUUUGGGGAACAGCGCGAAAGUUUGCCAGGAGAAGCUAAAAGUGUGAAUUCUUACGGUCCUUUCGAGGCAUCUGCUCAUGAGCCAAAAGAAGGGCAGGAUGAUGAUGAUGAAGACCUUUUCGGAUCUGAUGAUGACGAGGAGGUAGAAAGGCGUCAUGCUGCAUGCAUUGCUGCCUAUAAUGCAAAAAAAGCCUCUAAAGGUGAUAAACCAGUUGCCAAAUCUAUGAUCAUUCUGGAUGUGAAACCUUGGGAUGACGAGACCGAUAUGUGUGCUCUUGAAGCUGCCGUACGUAGCAUCGAGGCUGAUGGACUCCUUUGGGGCACAUCUAAAUUGGUUCCACUUGUACAAAAUGUCAAGAAACUUCAAAUCACUUGUGUCGUUGAGGAUGAUAAGGUCGGAACUGAUUUUCUUGAGGAGGAGAUCUCGAAGUUUGAAGAAUAUGUUCAAUCUGUUGAUAUAGCAGCCUUUAAUAAACUGUAA